AGGCUGAGGAGGUGGAGACACAGAGCAGGUCAUGUCCUUCCGGCUGGACCAGAUACGGAUCCCGCUGCUUCAUGUUUGUCAGUACGCAGAGGACAUGGCUUGAGGCAGAGGUACACCGAUAUGUUGAAGCACGUCUUCCACUCGGAAAGAUUCCAUUGUCUACUCUAUAUUGAGUCUAAAAUAUAUACAGUUUUGUAACAAACUCACUUGUUGGUACUGACUCUCUCUCUCACCCCUCCUAUAGCGAUACUGUGUGCACUUUGGGGCGAACCUUGCGUCCGUACACAGUUCAGCAGAGCAUCACUUUGUGCAAGAGUUGGUGAGACGACAUACGAAUGAUUUAACCUAUGCUUGGAUCGGAGGAUUUGACCAUGUUCAGGUACAGUGCUCGUGAAUUACGUCACACCUUGCUAUACAGUAGGUUUGGGAAUACUUAGAACAGAGCCACUAAGGCCCCGUACACACUCAGGUUGUACAACUGAUGUACAACACAUUUGACACAAUGGUUGUGAUACAUCUGAUAUUUUUGUGAUACAAUAUAGAGUUUGUAUGUACAGAAACAUUUACACAACCAUUGUUUGGUGUAUCCACAAAGCUUGUGUAAUUGUUUCCAAAAAACUCUUUGUUGUAUCACAACCGUUGCCAAAUGCAUUGUACAUCAGUUGUACAACUUGAGUGUGUACGGAGCCUAAUUGUGUGGCUUUAAAGAGAUUUGCAUGUGCUCUGGUUGAAUAAAUGAAAUGUUUCCUACAGAACCGGGUGUGGCUUUGGAGUGACGGGUCUAGAUUGGAUUACACUAGCUGGCACACAGGAGAACCCAACAAUUACAAUGGCAAGAGGGAGCCUUGUCUGAUGAUGAACUGGGGAGGUACAGUAAACUUACUAUCAUCUGAUCCUAAUCACUCACCUCACCUUCAAAUUCAAUUAAUUUCAAUUGGAGAGGUGAUUUUUUAUCCUUGUUUCCCGUAUAGGCGAGAAACGCUGGAAUGAUGCAAAAUUGUGGAAACAAAUAUUAUUCUGUGUGUGU